UUUUUAAUUAUCCACCAUUAUUUCUUCAUGUUCCUUCUCUUCUUCAACUUUUCUUCAUGUGUGUUGAGAAUUCGGAGCUGAAUUUUGUUUCUUAUUGAUCAUAUUUGUUAAAGUUUUGAAUUUGGUUUCUUAUGGAUGAUAAUUAGAAUAAUCCCUCUUCAAUUUAGGAAAUACAAGAGCUAUAUAGGAGAAGGACUUAUAAGAGAAGACAAAAACUGAAAAGAAAUUAAGUUAAAAGUAGUUUUUGCAGAAGUUAAAAGCUGACUUUUAAAUAGUUGAUACGAGAGAUCUUCAACAAUAUAGCUUAUGUAAAAGUUAGUUUUAGAUUAUAAAAGUAUUUUUUUUCUUUCUUAUUUUCAUCUCUUAAGGACCGUACUUACUUCUUAGAAAACCUUUUUUUUAAUGCUUUGACGCUAUGCCAUUGCAAACAUAUGGCUAAAAAGCUUGAUCUGAGCAAGUGAAAGGAUAACUUAGUUUAUAUGUAUACCUCUAUUUCUGCCAGCAGGAUAUUUAGACGCUAUAGUAAUAAAAUAGAGUUUUGGAUUGAAAUUAUAGAAUUGUGUUUGCAAUGUUUAUCUUCUUAGGUGACAAGUUCAUUGAGAGGAUGUGAAAUUACAAACUUUGAUGUAUCACAUGUUGGCAAUGGUUCCCAGAUCAGACGUUAUAUUGCUGCCCAAAUAUAAUAUAUUUCCUGCAUAAAAGAAAUUUAGUAUAGAUGAUGUGUGUUGUUAAAAUGGAAUACAAGAAUAUGUAUUACUUGAGGUCUUAAACACCUCUACACUUACAUUUAUAGAAAACAAAGUAACUAACCACACUCCUUUCCAACUCACUCUUAGUUGGAACACACUUGAACACAACUCAUACACACAUAACUCAUACACAAUAACCAAUAAUUCUAACACUCCCCCUCAGGCUGGAGCAUACAAAUUGUAUGAACCAAGCUUGGAAUAAUUGAACUCGGUUUUGAACUGGAUGAUUUGUCUUCAAGAGUGUGAGGCAAACAGAGAUGGGUUAUCACAUGUCAAUGAACUAACAACAGCUUUUGAAACUUCAACUUCAAAAGUGGAUGAAGGAGAGCAGUGGUGAACAAUGACAAACUGCAAGGACUGAUUCCCAAUCAAUGAUGGAUGAGUGACGGGAUCAACAGUAGUAGCUGAAAGCUAAGAGCUACAAAACUGCAGGGACUACACUAAAUCCUCAUCAAUGAUGGAUGGGUGACGGGAUCAACAAUAGUAGCUGAAAUCUACAAAACUGCAGGGACUACACCCAUAUUUAUGUGACUUGCAGUGUCUUGGAAACGUACUCCCCCUUAGUGUGAAGGGCGAAAAUGUGAACUAUCACAGUUGCUGGACCACUAAAACAAAACAAAAUAUUAAGCUACAAUGCCGAAACAAAGGCAUCAAAGAUCUAAAGACAUGUUGGAGGUCCAAAAUUCUUUGCUGGACAACUCCCAAGUGGUGAUACUUAGCAGUGUAUCACAAGAAGAUUGGGCUAAACUCUAGCCCAAGAAGAACUGACGCAGUUGCGUCUGUCUGAGGCGGUAGCGACUGCAGCGGCGGUUGACUGCGCCGGUGCCGACUGCGGCAAAUCUAGUGAGAAAAAGGCAAGAACAGCAACACAGAGGCGAAACCCCCUACGAUAGAGCUGGAGGAUGACGAAAGCGUAAAAAGUUAGGACUAGGCGCUGGUCCAUCAACGGCGGAGACGAAGACAGACGAAGAUGGAAGCAAUGGCUGCUCUGGAGGGUCUGAACAGAGAGAGAGAGGGAGGUCCAGCGAGACGACCGGCAGCGGCGUGGUUUGAUGCCGACGCCGAGAAGGCGGCGCGUGAUGAACACGCGUCCGAGAUCUACCGGAGAGAGGAGGCGUGUGACGGCGCAUGCGGACGAGACAGAGACGACGACCACCAGGGUUAGGUCGUGCUUGAAGAGACGGUCCAGAUCCACUGAACAUCGGUCGGAACUGUGACGGUGGCCGACGAGAAGGCGACGCGUGACAAAAACGCACUCGAGACUAGCUGAAGACAGGCGGCGCGUGGAGGCACGUGAAGAGGAGUCUGGUCUUGACUCCGACGAGUUUGGCCGUCGCUCGAGGAGACGGUCCAGAUCCGCUGGUCACUGGUCGAAACCGUGACGGUGGCCGGCGUAGAUCGGAGAGAUCUGAUGCUCGUGGCGGCGCGUGAGGGAGAAGUAGCUUCUGAAACUGACGUGGUUGGCCGUCGCUUGAAGAGACGGUCCAGAUCCGCUGGUCACCCGUCGAAACUGUGACGGUGGCCGGCCGCGGACAGAGGUUGGCGGCGGACAGUGGCUGGCGAUGGUCGACGGCAGAGGCGACUGGCUGCACUGGUGCUGACUGUGACAUAGAUUUAAGAAGAAGAGAAAGGGCUGCCCACUGAAAUUUUAGGAGCUGCCGGCGGCCAUGGCGGCCGACCGUCGGCAGAGACCCCGGAAGAAGAUCAGAGAACCUGCCCUGAUACCAUGUUAAAAUGGAAUACAAGAAUAUGUAUUACUUGAGGUCUUAAACACCUCUACACUUACAUUUAUAGAAAACAAAGUAACUAACCACACUCCUUUCCAACUCACUCUUAGUUGGAACACACUUGAACACAACUCAUACACACAUAACUCAUACACAAUAACCAAUAAUUCUAACAUGGAUUAACUGUUAUAUUGAGUUUUAUUGCAUGUUUUUGCUUGAGGACAUAUAUUGAUUAAUAGGAAUUAUAUUAUUGAUUUAGUAAGAAAAUAAAAGUUGGAGAGGACCUAGGAGAAGAUUGUAGUAACAUGGAACUAUGUAGGAAAAACACUUGAAAUUCCUCUUGCAUUCUAACUGUAAAAGUAUGAGUGCAUGAUGAAACCAAGUUAUGUGGAUAGGUUUUUAGAGGAGAAAUUUAUGGCUGAUUCAUAACAUUAGGAAAAUAGAAUAUUUGAAAAUUGGAAAGCCUUCCUGUCCCGCAAAACUUUAAAUGCUCAACUAACAUAUUGACAAAGAUGUAAUUCAUUGUUCACAAAAGGUUUGUUAAUAUUAGACUUCAAUUUUUUGAGUUUUUGUGCAGUCAUGCCUGGACAUUUUAGAUUAUAAUAUAAUAAUUGAAUUCUUUCUGAAUUGUUCAGGUGAUUGGCAUUUCGUAGUUUCUAUUUUCGUAGCUGUUGCAUUUAACUUCAUUGUGUAUCCUCCUAGUUCUUGGGCUACUAAUGAAAUUAUAUUUAGGACUGUGGAAAUGACCAGGAACAAGUACUAGUGAGUUUUAUUCAAUUUCAGAAGGGCACUGAGCCGAAAUUCUAACAUAAGGCAACCAGAGCACUGGGCUUAUGAGAGAAAACUACUGUCAGCAAAUUGAUUUUAGUCAAUCAGGCCUUGACAUGGAACUGGAUUUUGGAUCUGAAGAGCACGCUUCCAUUGUGUAUGCUGCCUUAGCAGUUGACAAAGAGUUGCAACCUGAUAAAGUAAAACGAGGCAUGACAGUGUCAGAUGGAAAGUUGUCAGUGCACUUUGAGGCAACAGAAGCCAGAUUUCUGCGGGCAUCAUUUAGUGCUUUUGUAGAUGUUCUGACGCUAGCUACAAAAACUAUUGAACAAUUUGGCCAAGAAAUGAAGUUGUGACAUCUCAUUAUCUAUUGAAUGUUUGGUUGUUGAAGUGUACUAUAUAACUUCUACCGUCUAAAUGUAACUUUAUUUGUUUCUUUCACGUUGGCAAAGUGUUCACAUUCAGUUUUGAAUUUUUGUAGAUGAUAUUUAAUGGGUUUAGUAGAUAAUA